AUGAUAUAUAUUUUCCUUUUUAUUAUUUUCCUAAAUGUGUACCAUAAUAUAAUUUGUCAAUUUUGUUUUUUAAAAAAAAGGAAAAGUGUUCAUAAUUUAUUGUUAUCUAUAUGUCCUACUGGAAAUAAUUAUAAACGAUUUAAUAUAUACAAGAGAAGUACCAUAAAUUAUGAUAAUAAAAGAAAAAAUAUAUAUUUACUACUCCCAAAUAAUAAUACAAAAUUUCGAAUUAUUAAAAAUGGAAAUUACGGUAUAUUAAAUAAAUGUACAUAUUCAAGAAGAUGGAACUUGAAUGAUUUUUUGUAUAACUAUAUAAACAUUUUAAAAUAUAAAAAGAACAUAAAAAUAGGAAGAUUAUUAAAAUGUAUAGGGUAUCAAAAUGAAUAUGUAUAUAAGAAAAAAAAAAAGAAAAAAAAGAUACGCUUAUUUUAUAUUUUAAAUAAAAUAAGUCUAAUUAAUUUAAAGAAAAGCAUAAGAUAUAAAAAUAAUUACAAUUAUAAUAAUAUUAAUAUAUAUAAUAGUAACAACAAGUUGUGUUAUAUUCCUAUUAAUCAUUUCAAUAGAUUGAAUAAAGAACCUUUUUGUUAUAAUAACACAGAGGCAAAUAUAUAUAACAGGUCCAAGAAACUAUUUAAGAAUGUUUUAUAUUAUUUUCAUACUUUAGAUGAAAUAAAAAAUGCACACCAAAAAAAGAGAAACCUUUUUUGUCUUUUUAAUAAUUACCUAAAGGAAGAAGAAAAUCUAUGUAAUAAUUCAAUCCUCAUUUAUAAUAUUUUUAAAUCUAGUCAAAUUUAUAAUUACGCUUAUAAUGAAAGUAUUAAGAAAAUAUUAAAAGAAAUAAUUUUUUUAUUUCACAAAAUAAAAAAAAAUUAUUUUAUUAAGACAAACCAUAAUAAAAAUAUAUAUGAACAUAUAGAUGUAUUAGAAAAAGACGUAUACUCUAAUGAUAAAAUGUUGUAUAGGGGAAGAGAAAAUAUAAAUAAAAUUUUAAGUGAAGAUGAUUGUUUAUUAAAAGAUCAAAAUUUGGAUUUUUAUAGAAACUUAUCUAAUGAUGAAAAUCAUAUACCACUAAGAAAUAAAAAAUUAAGUGAUAGCCAAAAUGUUAGGGAUAAAAAAAAUAUUAGAGAUAACCAAAAUGUUAGGGAUAACCAAAAUGUUAGGGAUAACCAAAAUGUUAAGGAUAACCAAAAUGUUAAGGAUAACCAAAAUGUUAGGGAUAACCAAAAUGUUAGAGAUAAUAACAAUUUUAAUAUUCUUGUAAAAAACAUUUUGAGACCAACACAUUUAAUAUUCAUCAAAGAUUGGAUAGAUAAAUUUACGAAAUAUAUGUUUCAGGAAAAUAUUUCUUUUACAGAUCUUAUAAGUAAUAAUAUAUUAAUAAAAAGUGAUUAUAUUUUUCAGGAAAAAUUUCUUCUUUUUUUUCAUGUACAAUGCUUACAUUUUCUUUACACCAAAAGAAACGAAGAUAUAAAAAAGGAUGUAGGAAGUAUAAAUAAUGAAAAGACAUGUGAUGAAGAAAAAAGAAAUAAAUAUGAUAUGAUAAAAUAUAAUAGUCAUAAUAAUUAUGAUAAUAUUAUAAUAUAUUUAUAUAAGGAGAAUAAUAAUAUGGAAGAAUUUUAUGAAUACCUAAAAAAUAUUUAUGGAGAAGAAAAAAUUUGUUUUUUUAACUAUGAAAAAUAUAUAAAUAAUGAUAAGAGUUUCUUUAUAAUAUUAUUGUCUUAUGAAGAAUUAUUUAAUAUAUAUCGCUAUAGUAAUAAUACAUCAUAUAAUGUGUUUCAAGAAUACAUGAGAAGUAAAAGUAGGAAUACACAAGAUAAUAUUAGAAUGUAUAAAAUAUUAUGUUAUUUAUGGAAUAACUCAUCCAAAGAUAGUAAUAUACAAAGAGAUGAUACAUUAAAUAAUAUAAUCCAAACAUACCAAUUUAAAAUGUUCUUACACGAAUUUAAUAUAAUUUAUAAUUAUAAAAAAAGCAUAAUAGAAAAAAAUUUAUAUGAACAUUUAUUCUGCUUAAUACCAAUAAAUAAUGGAAAAAGGAUAACGUUUUAUUUUUUAUCGAAUACACAUUUUAAUGAAACCAUAUUUUAUAUAUGGAUAGAUAAUAUAUAUGAAAAAACUAAAAAGCUUUGUUCAUUAGAUUGGACUAAUGAAAACACAGAAGAAACAAAAAAGAAAUUCUUCAUAUUACAUAAUAAAGGAAUUCUACAACUCAACAAAAAUAAUCAACAUUGUAGUAAUUUAAAGUACUCGUUAAAUUUUAUAAAUCAAGAAAAUACACACAAAAAAAAACAAGACGAUGUUCUUAUAAAUAUAGUUAAAAAAAAAAAAAAAAAUGUAAGUAAAAAUGAUAAAUUAAUUAAUGAGUACAUGGUAUUAUUUAAUAAUAUUAGAAAAGAAAUUAUUAUAAAUUAUUUAAAACAAAAUAAUUUAUAUAACAUUAAUAAAUUGAAAAGGAAAGAUAAAAAAAUGAAAAGAAUAUUUAAUAUAGCAAAAAGGAUUCUCAAUAAAAGAAAAAAAAAAAAAAAAAAAAAAAAAAAAAAUAUAUAUAUAUAUAAAACUCAUAUUAAAAAUAAUCCUUUGCAUAUAUCUGAUUAUAUUAGUUUCAUUAUUAAUAAAGACAAGAAAGGAAAUAUUUUAUUAUCAAAAAAUAUUAUUAGUCCUUCAUAUAUAGAAAAAGAAGAAAAUUUACAAAUACAUGAUAAAAUUAAAUUAUUAUCUAACACUUUAAACAUUUGUUAUGAUAAUAAUUAUAUACAAACCUUAUCAAAAGAACAAUUUAAUAAUAAUUUUUCUCAUACAAAUAUGUUACAUAACUUAAGAUAUUCUAAUACAAAUGUAAUAAAUAAAAAUCAGAAUUUCUUGAAAAAUAACAACUCAUGUUUAUCCUUUACAUGUGAAGAUAAAAAUUGUACAAAGAAGAAAGUAAAUGAUAAUAUAUGUAUCCAAAAAAAGGAUGAUAUAUCAUUAAGUACACAAAAUGAGAAGAAUAAUUCUCAUUAUUUAAGUAAAUACUUUUUUUUAUUAAAUAAAAAAAAUAUUUCAAAUCAAAAUACGUUUGGAAGUAUUGAAAAGUUAGAUAUAUAUCCUUGCAUUUAUUAUAUAUUUAAUGAAAAAAUAUAUUUCUUAAAAUUUUCUAAAGAAUUAUAUGAACACUUAUCUGUAUUAGAUGAAUUUUCAAAAAAACGUAUGGAUGAUAUUAUACAAAAAUUUCAGGGGAAAAUAAAUAUUACUCAAAAUAUGUAUAUAUAUUUAAAUAAAGGAAUCUAUUUAAUUAAUGAUAACAUAAAUAGAUAUUAUGAAAGAUUUAUUAAAGAAUUAUUAAAAAAAAACAUAAUAAAAAUUAUUUUAUCAUCUGUUGAUAUAUCAUCGGGUGGGUAUAACGUAAAAAGUGUAUUUAUAGAAGAUGUACAUAUACAAGACAAAAAUUAUAUAUAUGAGUAUAAUAAUAUAAUAGAUAAUAUAAAUAAAUUACAUAAGGAUAUAUAUAUAUAUAACAAUUCAUCCAAAAACAACAACAACAACAACAAUAAUAAUAAUAAUAAUAAUAAUAAUAGUAGUAGUAGUAGUAGUUGUAGUAGUAGUAGUAGUUGUAGUAGUAGUAGUAAAAACACGUUUGUAGAACAUAAUAAGAAUGAUACAUAUUUAUCUUAUGUUAACGAACCAGAUGAUAUAUACAGACUACAUUUUAUAAAAUAUUUUAUGUUUUUAAAUAUUCGAAAUAUCUUUAAGAAAUACACAUUGUCGAACAAUCAUUUAUUAAAUUUGACAAGAAAUACAACCAAUAUUUUUUUAAUUCCUAAAAAGUAUGAAGAUAUACAAAUAAUGCUAAAUAUACUUAAUGAUAAUUAUUUCAAUUUUUCAAAUAUGCAUAAUAAUAAUAUUGCAGAUUUUUAUUUUAAUUUAUAUUAUAAUAGUAUACACAAAAGUAUUAAUAUAAAAUUGUCUGUAACAAAAAAGGAUAAUUUAGUAAGUGUAAACAGUUUUUCAAAUAAUAAAAAUAAUAAUUUGGAUAUCAAUACUGAAAAUAUAUAUAAACAAAAUAAUAUAUUAAAAGAAGAAAAGAAAAAUAAUUAUGUAGAUUAUACAAAUAAUUCUAUUCAAUAUGAUAAAAUUAGAGAUGAUAUGUAUUAUAAUAAUAAUAAUAAUAAUAAUUUAUUUAAAAUAAAAAAUUUGUUUUUCCUUAAAUCCUUUUUUAUCCAUAUUGAUAAUAAUGUAGACAUUUUACCACCUAUCGUGCAUUUUUCAAAUUUACUAAAAUUUUGUAAAAAUAUUCAUAGUAUAUAUAAAUACAGACAAACUAAUGAAUAUGUAUUUAUAAAGAAUUCUGUAAAUAUAUAUAAUAAUGUAUGUUAUUCCUUAAACUAUUUUGACUUUUUAUAUUAUUAUAUAAAUAACAAAAAUAAAUUAGAAAAUAUAGACAAUGUAUUGAAAAAUCACUUUGUCAAUUUUUUUUUAUUAAAAAGAAAACAAUAUGAAAAAAAAUUCAUAAAACAUAAUAAAGAAUUGAAAUUAAAUUAUUAUCAAAAUAAAAUAAAAAAGCUGAAGAAAUAUUUUGAUGAACAAUAUUUAUAUAUGUAUUAUAAUACUUAUAAUAAUUAUAAUAAAAAGAAGAAAAAAUUAAAUGACAUUAUGAUCAUGUUAUAUAAAGAAAAAUAUUAUAGGCUUCAUAAAUAUAUAACAAAGAAUUAUAAAAAUAAAGUAUUCAAUACAAUAGAUCGUAAUAAAUGUAUUAUUUUAGAUAUAUAUAAAGAUAAACAAAAUUUCUUAAAUGAUAAAUUUAUAUGCUUGAAUAAUAUAAAUGAAUUAAUAGUAUGUAACAUAUAUUUUUUUUUGAACAUAUAUGAAAAUUCAAAAGGAAAAAAUAAAAAAAAUAAAAAAAAUAAAAAAAAUAAAAAAAAUUACAAAAAUAAUGUAAAUAAUAAAAGUAACGAUUUUCUUUUCUUUUCUAACAAUAUAAUAAAUAAAAACUUUAAUUAUUUUGAUUAUUUAUUCAAAGAAAGACAAAUAAUUACAUAUAACAUUUAUUUAAAACACUAUGAUUUUUUAUUUGAUAUAUAUAACAAAGGAGAUCAUAUAUCUACCAUUAGGAAAAUUAAAAGAAACAUUUCUAAAUUUUCUAUUAACAAAAUUAGGAUAAAUCAUAUGAAUGAUAUGAAUGAUAUGAAUGAUAUAAAUAAUUCAAAACAAAUAUCUAAAUAUAUAAAUAUCAAUAAAAUAUUUUCCAAUUCGUAUCAUCAAGAAGGUAUAUACACAUUAUAUAAUAAUGUUCUGCUAUUUUUAAAAAAAUUAGAUAAUAUGAAAAAAAAGUUAUAUGAUCAAUAUUUUGAAAAAAAAAAAUAUUUAUUAUUACAAAAAAGAAAAGAAAAUAGGAAUUAUUUUAUACAUAAUUUUAUCACAGGAAAUGAACAAGACAACAACUUGUAUGACAAUAAUAUCGAUAAUUGUAAUAUUAUUAAUAUGAACAUCAACAGAGAAGAUGUAGGUAACAAAAAAAAUAAUGUACUCUCAUCACAUUUUUUAUCAAAGGAAUAUUAUAAUAAUAACCAUAAAGAAAUAAAAAAAAAUUUAUAUGAUCAUCAUAAUAGUCCUAAUAAUAAACCUACUUAUGAAAUCGUAAAAAAUGAAGAAAUAUCAAAAUGUGAUGUAAGAAAUGAUAUUAAUAAUAAUAUAAAUAAAAAAAUAUUAAGUUUUAAAAAAAUGGAACUGUUAAAUAAGUACAAGAAAAAAAAAAAUACCGGGAAUAGAAAUAAUUAUAUAAAUGAAUUAAAUAAAAUAAAUCGAAUUUUUGGAAAUAAAUAUCAUACAUUUAAUAAAGAAUUUCAAAACAUAUUUCAUUUUUUAUAUAACAUAAAUAUGUUAGAUUAUUUACAAAAUUAUAUUAACCCUUAUAUAAAAAAUUCUUUGUGGCUUUAUAUUAUAACCUUAUAUGUUAAACACUCUUAUUCUUUAAAUAAAAACCAAUUCCUUUUACAACCUGAAUUUCUCAUAAUUAUUUUUUACAUAUCUUUCUAUGAACAUGAAAAUAAUAACUAUUUGAACAAUUAUUCACAUUCUUUUGAAAUACCAAAGGAUUCCUUCUUACAGCACAUUGUUACUGAUAUUUUUGUGUAUAAAGAAUUAUUACAAUCUCUUCAAAAUAGGUUUAAAGUACAUAUAGCUAUUCCAUUCAAUUUGUCAGACAUAUUGCAAGUGUUGGACAGUUUAAGGAAAUUAAGAAGAAAAGAUUUUGGGAAAAUAAAUGAAAAUAUAAUAUCAAAAUUGACGAAUUUAAGUGUAAUAUUACACAGUGCAUCUCUUUAUGUUGAUAAAGAAAUAAAUGAAACAAUUUUUGAGUAUAUUGGAUAUAUUAAUAUGUUAAAAGGAUAUAAACAGAUUGAAUAA